GCAGCUAUGCUAAUUAAUUGACUUUCCAAUCCUUACCACACACAUCAUCUACCAACAUAGCGAAGGAUGUGAAUAAUGAGGGUUGUGGAGAGUGUAGGUGAUGGUGUAUCAAAUAUCAAGCCUGGUGAUCAUGUUCUUCCACUAUUCACGGGAGAGUGUGGGGGAUGCCCACACUGCAAGAGUGAAGAUAGCAACAUGUGUGAGGUGUUGCGAAUAAACCCAACAAGAGAGGGUAUGAUAAGUGACGGAAAAUCAAGGUUCUCUACUAUAAAAGGCAAGGAACCUAUAAGUCACUUCCUUGGCACAUCCACUUUCAGCCAAUACACAGUUGUUCAUUCAGGAAGUGUUGUUAAGAUCAAUCCCACGCUUCCUUUGGACAAAGCUUGUCUCCUCAGUUGUGGCAUCUCAACAGGGAUAGGAUCAAUUCUCAAUGUUGCCAAACCAAAGAAGGGGGCUUCAAUAGCAAUAUUUGGGCUUGGAACUGUUGGACUGGCUGCAGCCGAAGGUGCAAAAAUUGCUGGAGCAUCCAGGAUAUUUGGAAUUGACAAGAAUCCCAACAAACUUGAGUAUGCCAUGAAAUUUGGACUAACAGACUUCAUAAAUCCAGAAGAACAUGAAAGACCAGUUCAUGAGGUCCUCAGAGAGAUGACAAAUGGUGGAAUUGAUAGGUGCAUAGAAUGCAUUGGAAACAUUAAUGCCUUAGUGUCUGCAAUGGAAGCUCUCCAUGAUGGACGGGGUGUUGCUGUACUUGUUGGAGUGCCUAGUGGUGAUGCAGUUUUCAAGACUAAUCCCUUCAAUUUUCUUAAUGAAAAGACAAUUACAGGCACAACCUUUGGGAACUACAAGCCUAAGACUGGCCUACCAACACUGGUUGAUAUGUUCAUGAACAACAAAUUGGAGCUGGACAAGUUUAUAACUGAUAGAGUUCCUCUUUCUGAAAUCAAUAAAGCCUUUGAUUACAUGAUCAAAGGACAAGGUCUAAGGACAAUCAUAGACAUGAACGACUAGACGUGUUUUUUACAACUUUACUGUUGCUGAAAGGAAAACUACUAUUUAAUUUUUUAUAUAUUUUUAGGAAAAUGCUAUUUGUACACCAAAAUCAGUCACUAAA